GGCUGGGACUGCCGUCUGGAUGCCAUUGAUUCGCUCCUCUCUGGAUGCUUUGGCCGAACUGCUGGGUUUCUAACCGACAGCACAUCUCAGAUGUUGUCAGGAGACAGGACCUUAUCUGCUCACGCCUCGCAAUAUUUUUGGAUGGAGCACCUGUAAUAGUUCCAGUGGUUUCCUAUGCUGAUUCACUCUUAAAUACCAAAGUCUGGAGAUUUAUUCCUGGGCAGUGUAGCUCUACCUCAACGUACAGAUAUGAAUGCCAACAGUAUGCCUAAACAAGUGGAGGUGAGAAUGCAUGAGAGUCACCUGGAGCCCAUUGAGGCUAGGCCGCAGUCGAAAUGUGCCAAAAUCUGCUCCAAAAUGUUCAAGAACCUCCUUCUCACACUCACCGUCCUUGGUGUGAUCCUAGGAGCUGUAUCGGGGAUGUUGCUUCGUGUUGCUUCCCCUAUCCACCCAGACAUCGUCAUGGUGAUCGCGUUUCCUGGAGACAUUCUGAUGAGGAUGUUGAAGAUGUUGAUCCUUCCACUCAUCAUUUCCAGUUUAAUCACAGGUCUGGCUGGUCUUGAUGCCAAAUCCAGUGGUCGCCUGGGAACCAGAGCCAUGGUCUACUACAUGACCACCACUGUUAUCGCUGCAGUCCUGGGAGUCAUCCUUGUGUUACUCAUCCAUCCCGGCAACCCCAAAUUGAAGGAAAAUCUGGGAGAAGGAGAGAAAAAUGAAGAUGUGUCCAGCUUAGAUGCCUUCUUCGAUCUAAUCAGGAAUCUGUUCCCUGAAAACCUGGUGCAAGCUUGUUUCCAACAGAUCCAAACAGUCACCAAGAAGGUGGAGGUAAUUGAGGAAGAAGUCAACACCACCACUAGCAUGGGAGGCCUUUUGGUUAACAUUACCCACGAGCCUCAGUACAUUGUCAAAAAGUCUCUCCAAUUCAAGAGUGGCAUGAAUGUUUUGGGUCUGAUUGGCUUCUUUAUUGCUUUUGGCAUCUGCAUGGGUAAAAUGGGAGAAAGGGCCAGACUCAUGAUUGAAUUCUUCAAUAUCCUCAAUGAGAUUGUGAUGAAACUUGUCAUCAUGAUCAUGUGGUACUCUCCCUUUGGUAUUGCAUGUCUGAUCUGUGGCAAAAUCAUCUCCAUUAAGGACCUGGAGGUGGUAGCAAGGCAGCUUGGGAUGUAUAUGAUAACUGUCAUUAUUGGCCUCAUCAUCCAUGGGGUGAUCUUCCUUCCCAGCAUUUACUUCGCCAUCACUAGGAAAAACCCCUUCACCUUCUUCUUAGGCAUCUUUCAGGCCUGGAUCACUGCUUUGGGCACAGCCUCAAGUGCUGGUACACUUCCUGUUACCUUCCGGUGCCUGGAAGAGAAUUUGGGGAUUGACAAAAGGGUCACCCGUUUUGUGCUCCCUGUGGGAGCCACGAUCAACAUGGACGGAACUGCUCUGUAUGAGGCUGUGGCAGCCAUCUUCAUUGCCCAAAUGAAUGGUGUCCACCUCGACCCUGGUCAAAUUGUCACCGUCAGUUUGACAGCUACCUUGGCCAGUGUUGGGGCAGCCAGUAUUCCCAGUGCUGGUUUGGUAACUAUGCUGUUGAUCUUGACCGCUGUUGGUUUACCAACCCAAGAUAUCAGCCUUCUGGUUGCUGUUGACUGGCUGCUGGAUCGAUUUAGAACCUCAGUGAACGUGGUGGGCGAUUCCUACGGUGCGGGCAUUGUGUACCAUCUGUCCAAGGCGGAGCUGGAUGAGCUGGAUGCACACAUGGCUAAAUCUGACGACAUUGAAAUGAUGACAAAGACCCCAUCUUACUAUGACGACAUGAAGAAUCACCAUGAAAACAAUUCCAACCAGUGCGUCAUAACCGCAGCCGCCUCUUCUACCGUUCCUACUGCUGCUAACAAUUCUGUCUUAGUAGAUGAAUGCAAGGUAACCUCAGCCACAAACGGCUCUGCUGCGGAGUGCACGCUUGUUGAGGAGGAACCAUGGAAACAUGAAUAAUGGCAGCGCAGAGAUCUUCUGCUCCUGGGCUCAGCAAGUUUUCCUAUGUGGUGAUGAAAAAAAAAAAGAGCAAACGAAAAAGUCACAGAAACAGAUGUACUAAUUUUUUUAAUGUAGUUUACUUUGCUUUUUUUUAUUAGUCCCUUUAAAGGUUUUUUGUAACUGUCUAUCUGACUGAUGUGUAAUACUAAUUCACUUAACUGUGAAGUGAUAACAGAGGUAUAUCUCACCUGUUAGGACGCAAUUUAGCAUACACUUGCACAGCAUACUUCAAGUCUUGGAGAGGGAAGGAAGACAGAAAAAAAAGGGUAGUUGUUCUCAGCUUUGUGUCCCUGUUGUGUAUUUACAUGAAGGAAGACAGACUGAUGCACGCAAAGAUGCACUGAGACCAUCGUCUAAAAUUCAUAUAGGUGAGCUAUUGCUAAGAAUAGCAACAUUCAGUACAACCAGUGUCAUCUGUACUCAGCUAAUGAGUACAAUCACUCCUUUCUUUUUUUUCUAUUUUCAUAAUCCAGUCUCAUCUUCAGUUAGAGCAUUUAAGGGGGGGUCUGAUAAACUGGUCAAAGGGAAAUAGCCCACAAAUGAUGAGCCCUAAGCUCCAAGCUCUUAAAAUGUGGGAUUUUAAAGCACAUUUUUAUAAAAUUGUGAUCAAGUUUCAUUCCUUUUUUUUUUCUAAUAGAAAAAUUUUGAUUUUUUUUUUUUUUAAUUUUAUUCGACAAAAGAGGUAAAUAGUUUUAAAAUAAAAGUAUUUAUAAUUGACGAAUAUUUUAGCUUCCACGGCGGCUGACAUUUAAAUGCAAAUAAAGUUGCAGCCCUUAUAUUUUUUAUCUUUACUUAGCACUUUCCCCUGUUUGUCCCCCAAAGUUACUGAUACCAAUGAAAUUUAAAAUAUAUGUGAUUCAAAAUCAAAUUUAUGAAAAGAGUUUCAAAAUAAAAGCAUAGAAUAUAUAUAACAAAUAUUAUGAGAUGAAGCCAAAAUGGCACUGAGGUGAAUUUUCUGUCAUAAUCAUCAAGACAUUUAUUUUGUCAUUUCAUAGAAAAACAGAUGGCCCAUCAAGCAAUCCUUAAAAAGCAGCAAAAAGGACAGAGGGUACUCAGGCGUCUUUGUUUACUAUAUUACAGGGAAAAAUAAUACAUUCCAAAUUGUUUACUUGCUCAGCAGGGCGCUUCAGCUCGGGGAAUCAGCCUCUUAGCAGCACAAAUUUUGAAUAUGCGAUAAAUUAUGGCAAUGUUUACUACUGAAGGAUCUCCAGCACAUGAAAUAAGCACAACAAUAUGAAACUACAUUCCAGCAACUGAAUGAUCCAGUUAAGGUAUGCAUGAAUGAAAGCGCAGAAACAGAACACUGACAGAGCACAAGAUGAAGGAAGAGGAGAACAUAUGGAAGAAAGGCAAAAACAUAAAAAAUUAUUGAAGGCCAGUAAAUCGACCUUUUUGUUGUUAGAAAGAUAGACUACAUUUACUCACCAGAGCUCAAGACUGUUUAUACAAACCUUGCAUGCUGCAGCUGUUUGGCUAUAUUAUAGGAGGACAUUUAAGAAGGUUGUGCCAACUUCCAGGUCAUAAGAAAAUCUGCCAGUGAUUGAGACGAAAGCUUUGUAAAGAUGUCAAACACACACUAAAGUCAAGACUACUGGCUGUUAAACUUUCUCUUAUAUAUUUUUUUUAGCGUGAGGCCUCUGUGCGUGUGUGUAAUAUCUUUAUGACUCUAUGGUUCUGUUCUCCCUUGUUUCUUUUCAUUUGUGCUGAUUUGACAACCUUGCCUUGAAAGCAUUCACGUUAAACAAAUGAUAUUUGCUGUAACAAUAGUAAAAUUUAACACAGCACUCUGCUUUAGCCCCUUUACACACACACACACUUAGAACCCAUCUGCCCAGCUAACAGAAAUAUGCUCAACGCGCUGUAGGAUCGUUGCGGGCUCGUAGAUAAGACACCACACAAACACUCACAUUGUUUUCCUCAGAUGUACACAUAUUAAAGCAAAUAAGGUCACUCGCAGUCCUUGUUUUAUCUCGUGAAGCUGCAGAGCACGAUUUCUUGUAGCCUCGUCUCUUGACGUUGUGAUCUUCAGGAAAAAUGAAACUAUUUCUCCAUGGAGAGACCUUGCAGACCACAGUGUCACUGAUGGGGGUGUUAGGAACACUUUUGCAUUCAAACUCACUGUUUUAGAAGCAUGAACUAAAUAAAACAAGAGUUAUUUUAUCUUAAAAGCAUGAUAUUUGAAGUGCCUCAUUGCACUUUGUGUACAUAUUGUAGGUAACAGAGUUUUCUUUCCCUUUGUUUGCUUUAUUUUGUUUCAUUUGGGGGGGAUUGAAAUGUUAUGUAGGUAUAUAGUUUUAUUGCUGUGACCAUUUUAAUGUAAUUCUCUAGGGGAAAAUAUAUAUAUACACCCUAAAAAGAACAUUAGAUUAGAAAACAUGUAUAGAGUAAAUUGUGUAAUAAACUGUUUUAUUUUUCUUUUUAUUUUCUAAUUGCUGUUUUGUAGUUGCUUAACUUACCUGUCACACACAAUAUAUAAAUAUCUUUUUUUGUAUCUAAUGUAUGUUCUUUGAAUGUUGCUCCAUAAAGAUAUAAUCUGUGUGAAUUCAUUUUCAUUGUACAUACAUGGAUAUAUAAUUGUUCUGCUCAGUGGCAAAUCAGAAUUUCCUAAAACUACAAUUAUCCUAAAACUAAUGCUGUUUGCAAUAUGGGAGAAAUAGGAUGGAUGGGAAUGAAACAAAGACAUGAGUUAAGGGGAAGUUUCUGAGUUUAAAAAAGGAGGCAGAUCUUGGUUUGUAUCUGUUAUUAGAAAGGUUCUGGAAUAGAAAGACAGAAGAAAAUGUUGCAUUUUUCCCUGCAAGAAAUUUCAAAGGUUUAAGCUGUUUUUUCAGUGACAGAACAAUUAUCCGUGGUUUUCCAGCAUAGAACAACAAUCCUCAGGUGAUCCACAUAAACCAUUUUUCAAAGGGACUUUUGAAAAAGUCUUUUUUUUUUUCAAAGACUGGCUUUAGUCUCAAAACAUCUGUUUGAAAAUGCAUUCAAAGCUGCACAACAUGUAGACCCGUCAGAGUCCGCGUCAGCCUUUAACAUUCCUCAGAUUCACCACCUCCGCUGCACCCCUUAAUGGCCAAGACGUUUACAGAAAUAUGACUUGGUAAACUGCCUUUACUCCAGAUGCCUUUUACACACUAACUAUAUGCAUGCUCAAUGUGUGUUUGACUAAAUGUCACUGAUGGUGUGGGAAUUCACUGCAGAACAAAGCGCUAGCAUGUUUUCAAGCUCGUCCUUCCUCUGCUGAUACAGCAGACGCCAGUCUCUCACUUUCCCAGACUUACGCAAAUCUGCUAAAUUUUCCAUGCACAGGCAGAGAGUUCAUGUGGGGAAAAGUUACAUUUAAAAUAGAAAAAGAAAAGAAAAAAAGUCCCUUCCCUCAGUCUAUGUUUUACAUGAAAAUCUGUUGCUACAUAUCAAUGUUGUACCUUUGGUGUACAUAUACAAAUAUGACUAAUAAAUGUUGAUUCAUAACUAA